CACUUCUUCCACCUUAUCCAACCCAGUCCCACUCAAAAUCAGCAUAUACCAUUUCAUGGAUCUCUUUGAUCAGGGUUCCACCCAGAACCAGGAAUCAACAACGAAACAAUCUUCUUAACCCAAAACUCCCCCAAAAGCUUCCUGCAGACAUAAGAAGAGAAAGACAUCACACACAAACUCAUCAUUCAUGGCUUGUGCAACUACAAGACCCACCUUCUCUUUCCACCUCUCAACCUCUUUCCCUCAAUCCACACCUCCAAAACCCAAACCCCAUUUCCCCGCCAUCUCUCCUGUUUUCCCCAAACUCUCACUUCUGCACAAGCCCCACAUACUUAGUAACCUUCACUCCAUUGAUAUCUCCAAAGAAGACACUCCCACCUCCAGCCAACAACCCUCUUCAGACCUUGAAGAACCACAAGAGCCUCAAGAGAAUUUCGACAAGCGCCGACUAGAAGAGAAGUUUGCAGUGUUAAACACUGGUAUCUACGAGUGUAGGUCUUGUGGCCACAAGUAUGAUGAAGCCGUGGGAGACCCUUCAUAUCCGGUACCGCCAGGUUUGCAAUUUGAUAAGCUGCCUGAGGAUUGGAGGUGCCCAACUUGUGGGGCGGCCAAGAGUUUCUUUGAGAGUAAGAGUGUGGAGAUUGCUGGUUUUGCGCAGAACCAGCAGUUUGGGCUUGGAGGGAAUGCUCUGACUUCUGGGCAGAAAGCUAUUCUUAUAUAUGGGAGCUUGCUGAUUUUCUUUGUCUUGUUCUUGUCUGGGUACUGGCUGCAAUAGUUUGGAAUUGGGGAGGGAAAGAAAUGAGGGAAAUAGGUAAAGAGUUUUUGUAGCUCUCUGUCUUUUCUUCUUUUCUUUUCUUUCCUUUUUUCUUUUUCCUUUAAAAAGUUAUAUUGGUGGUGUUGUGCUUCUGUUUAUUUUCUGCUCAGGGGAAAUGUAAUAAUUCAGGCUAAUUGAAUAACUUCAAAUGAUAUAUUUAGUUUUAUGAA